AUGGUGCAUCUAACUCUAGAGGAGAAGCUACUUGUCACUGCCCUGUGGAGCAAGAUGAGGGUGGCUGAAGUUGGUGUUGAAACCCUAGGCAGGCUGCUGGUUGUCUACCCCUGGACUCAGAGGUUCUUUGAGUCCUUUGGGAACUUGCCCUCUGCUGAUGAUAUUAUGGGCAACGCUAAGGUGAAGGCCCGUGACAAUAAGGUGCUAGACUCCUUUACUGAAGGCCUGAAGUAUGUUGACCACCUCAAGGGUGUCUUUUCUUUGCUGAGUGAGUUGCACUGUAAGAAUCUGCAUGUCAGUCCUGAGAACAUCAGGCUCCUUGGCAAAAUACUGGUAAUUACACUGGUUCAAAACUUUGGCAAGGAAUUCACCCUGGAGUUCCUGGUUGCCUAUCAGAAGGCGGUGGCUGGUGUGGCUAAUGCCCUCACCUAUAAAUACCAUUGGAAUCCUGGCCUUUUUCUUUAA